UUUUUGAUUUUAAAAAUAAAAAAAUUAAAAAAAGAAAAUAAGAAGAAUUAAGAAAAGGAAAGAGAUGCCAUUACUCUCAUCUCCUAUGUUGGCGUAUGGUUACCGCUAUCGUGCGCCUUAUUACAAGCAAUUUCUUCCCUUCUCCUCUCCCACGUUUCAACUCCACUCUCCUCUCCUUCUUCCACGUGUCACCUCUUCUCGUUUCUCUCUACUCCAUUCUUCAUCUCCUCUCCCCACCACGGGCAACUCUCUUCUCUCUCGCAUGGAGAAAUACUUUUCUGGGUCUGGUGGUGACAUGAUUCGAAACAAAAGUAUGGUGGAUCAGUUACGUCGCUGUGGAGUUUUUCGAUCUGAGAGGGUAGCUGAAGUUAUGGAAACCAUUGAUAGAGGUUUGUUUGUUCCUGAUGGAACUCCGGCUUAUGCGGAUAGCCCCAUGCCGAUAGGCCAUAAUGCAACAAUAUCUGCUCCUCAUAUGCAUGCAAUGUGCCUUGAACUGUUAAAGGAAAACCUGCAGCCUGGGAUGCAUGCUUUAGAUGUUGGUUCAGGCACAGGAUACUUGACUGCAUGUUUUGCAGUGAUGGUUAGAUCAGAAGGUCGUGCGGUUGGCAUUGAGCACAUACCUGAACUGGUCAAUUGGUCUAUUGAAAAUAUUAAGAAAAGUAAAGCUGCUCCUUUGCUUGAAGGAGGAUCCUUGUCUGUUCAUGUUGGUGAUGGAAGGCUAGGAUAUCCUGAGGCUGCGCCUUAUGAUGCGAUCCAUGUUGGGGCUGCAGCUCCAGAAAUUCCGAAGGCUUUGGUUGAGCAGCUGAAGCCUGGUGGCAGAUUGGUGAUUCCUGUGGGGACCUACUUCCAGGAUUUGCAGGUGAUUGACAAAAAAGAGGAUGGCUCUCUCAGUGUCAAAACUGAAACUUCCGUGAGAUAUGUUCCACUGACUAGUCGAGAGGAGCAGUUGCGGGGUUAAAUGAACUCCCUUCAGCUUAUCUAUGCUCUAUAUUGAUCAUCUUACUUUAUUUUUUUCCUUUUAAUCUGCCAAGACGUUAUGUAUGAGUUUUGUCAGUAUGUACUUCCCCCCGUUUUUGUAAAUAUUGACGUGUAUCAAAUCUUGAUUGGGGAAAUAAUGUUCCAUCACUUGAUUUACCUCAGAAUGACCCCCUCCCCCCAUCUAUUUACA